AUGCCUGGUGGAGCUUGUUCCCAGCUCUCCUGCCAACCUGCUGCCGAUCGCCCCGCAGAAGCCACAGCUCAGCCCCAUACUGGGGUCCUAGGGAAGGGGACCCCACUUUGGCAUCACCGUGUGAAGAAGGGUCACCACGGGGUUGUCACCAGCUGCCGUACUGCGCUAUUGGUGUCAAUAUCUCACCUCACCUCCGCGCCGGAGGGAAGGCAGAAGAUGGCCUCAUCCCUCCCACUGCUGCUGCUCUUGGUGUUUGCCCCCACAGUGGUCCCGGAGGUGUUUGGCCUUGGAGAUGGCACAGAGGACCUUAAGGCUCUGCAAGUCUCCAUCCCGCGUUACCCAGCCCUCGACGCCGUGCUGGCGGGUGACAUCACCAUCCCCUGCCUCAUCACCUACCUCGGUCCUCAGCCCCCCGCCAGCACAGCCGGGCGCAGGGCAGUCCUAGGAACCCCCCGGGUCAAGUGGACCUUCAUCUCUGAGGGUAGGGAGAUGGAGAUCUUGGUAGCCCGAGGAGAUAGGGUGAAGGUGAAUGAGGAUUAUCGCCUCCGUGCCUCCCUGCCCAUCUUCCACCAGCGCUACACCAACGCUUCCCUGCUGCUCACCGAGCUGCGGCCCAACGACUCGGGGAUCUACCGCUGCGACGUGCAGCACGGCAUCGAGGACGGCCACGACAUCCUCGACGUCAAAGUCAAAGGGGUGGUGUUUCACUACCGGGGGGGCUCCAUCCCCAUCCACACGCCCCGUGAAGCCUGUUACGGAGACAUGAACGGCUUCCCUGGGGUGAGGAACUACGGGGUGGUGGACCCAGAGGACAUGUACGACGUCUACUGCUACGCUGAGGACCUCCCAGGGGAGAUCUUUUUGGAGACCGCCCCAGACAAAUUCACGCUGGAGGAGGCUGUGACGCGCUGUCGGGCGCUGGGCGCGGAGCUGGCGAGCACAGGGCAGCUCUACGCGGCGUGGAGCACGGGGCUGGACGCCUGCAGCCCUGGCUGGUUGGCCGACGGCAGCGUCCGCUAACCCAUCAUCACCCCUCGGGAACGCUGCGGUGGGACCUUGCCGGGUGUCAAAACCAUCUUCCUCUUCCGAAACCAGACGGGAUUCCCUGAUGCCCAGAGCAGAUACGAUGCGUAUUGCUUCCGAGGUAAAGAGGAGCAACCCCUCGGCACGCGGGACCCCGAGCUGGAAAAGCCAAGCCUGUCCCCUGAAGACGCACAAGGGACAGGGGAACACCCCCCACUAGAUACCUCCGUGUCCUCAGGUCACCCCACCUCUGUCACCCCUUUCCCCACCGCCCUGGCUGUCCCCGAGGCAGGCGUCCUGUUUAGAUGUGGUGGAAAAUCGGGGAGCUCGUCCCCCAUGGAGGAGGAUGGGGUGACAGGGACGGUUGGGUGGUGGAUGGUGACUGGGUGCCAGCCAUCCCAGGAGGACCAAGGAGCAGCGCCGGGCAGGGACCCUGGCAGCACAUCAGCGGAGAUCCCGGGUGGAGGGCGAGACCCCAGCCAGCCCACAGAGCCGGAUGGAGCUGCCAGCACCCAGAUACUCUCCAUGACCCCGCGGGUGGGCACAGAGGGACCCACCGACACCUCGUCCGCGGUUGGGGCUGCAGCAGGUGACACGGAGCCUCCCGAGGGGUUUCUCCAGCCGCCCAGUCCUGUCACCCCUACGCACUGCCCCGACCCCCCGCGGGAUGCUGUGGGGCGACCAGCCCACGCUGCCAGCUCUGGGGCACCAGGGCACCAGGUGACACCGCUGACCGGUGUCACCUCUGCCACCUCGACAGAGAGUCAAGAGCCUGGUGAGACCCCCCAACAUGGCCAUGAGGCUGGUGGGGCAAGGACCCCCAUCCCCACUGCCGAAGACGCGGAGCUGUCAGGAGAUGUGGCUGAAAUCCCCAGGGUGCCCCCGCUGCCCCCCGCACCCUCGCAGCCACAGGAGGAGGGAGAGGAGCAGUCGGGGACCCUGUGGGUCCCCUCGCUCAUGGCCCCGGGGGACGAGAAAAAAAAACCGGCAGAAGUGACGGCAGUCACACCAUGGCACGAGGAGGACGUGCCACCACCCCCGGGUGCUGACCGUGGGAUGCCUGCUGCAUCUUUGGAAGAGGAGGAAGAAGAGGAGGAGGAGGAAGAACAACCCGCUCCCUCUGUUGCAUCCGUGGAGGGUUUCCUUGCAGCCGUUCCUGGAGAACCAG